GUUGUGGUUUCAUCAAUCAACAUAGAAAAGUCGAUUGGAAAUGUGAUUUUUUCCAAAGAUGUACGUGGAAAAAUGAGUUUAUUGGUCAAUGGACCGGCUGGAAAAACUUCCGUGCAACUGGGUCAACAUUUGAGCUCUGAUCUUCUCGCAAAUGCGAAGUACACGGAGCUAGAAAAUGGAAUUCGCGUUGAUUUCGACUCCAAAAUCAGUCUCGAAAUUAAAGCCGCAGGCGAAUGCUCCGAAGUUAUUUGGACGACUGCAGAUAACGCGACGACCAUUCAAGACUGCAUCGAUUACGGCACGACCCAUUGGUACGGUGGAUUCGAGCAGAAAGACCAGCGGUGGCCCAUAGAAAAGCUGCAACACAGCAACUACCAGUACGUCACGCAGGAGCUGGACAAUAUGGGCAUCGCCGAGCGCUACUUCUUGAACUCUUUCGGCCAGUAUUUCUACGUCGAGGACUACGUGCCCCUCUUUCUAGAUUUCAACACAACUGGACAAAAUCAGUUGUGCAUGAGCGCAAAGUUCGAGGAUCCGUUUUUAGUCGUUGACGAGCUGCGCCUGCACUACCGCAUUUGCACCUUAAGCGACGUAAAAGAAGCGCAACUACACGCAAUCGACAACAUUUUCGGGCGCCCAUCUGCACUGCCUGAUGAGAGAAUGGUACAGCAUCCCAUUUGGUCUACGUGGGUUCGGUACAAGAGGAAUAUCAGCGAAACGAUUGUGAUGGAGUUUGCCAAUGAAAUUGCCAAUCUCGGCUACGAAAACAGCCAAAUAGAAAUCGACGAUGACUGGGAGACUUGCUAUGGAGAACUCGAGUUCGAUUUGGAAAAGUUCCCCGAUCCAGGGAGGUUGGUCUCCAACCUCAGGUCCCUCGGUUUCAGGGUCACCCUGUGGAUCCACCCUUUUAUGAACGAAAACUGUCCCAGUUUUCAAACCUUGAAAGGUCUGGGAUAUUUUGCCAAAGACGAAAAUGGCAGGACGAGAACAAGGUGGUGGAACGGCUUGCUUGCGGCCAUUUUUGACUUUACAAACCCUGAUGCAGCCAACUACUGGUUCAGCAAAAUCGACGCGAUAAAGGCGAUCUCUCAGGUGGACUCAUUCAAGUUUGACGCCGGCGAAACAAGCUGGCUUCCGAACCCACGCGUUUUAAGUGGCCCACGGGACAUGCAACCCAACAUUUACACCUCAACCUACAUUCGCAACGUUUCUCAGUACGGGCCUCUGACCGAAGUGCGUGCUGGCUUCCGCACGCAAGACAUUCCCCUGUUCGUCCGCAUGGUGGACAAGGACUCCCGAUGGACCAUGAAUAACGGCCUGCGCAGCAUCGUGACCUCCUUGCUGGCUAUGAAUAUGGCCGGAUACCCAUACGUUUUGCCAGAUAUGAUCGGCGGAAACAAUUAUUUCGGGGAGGAAAUCAGCGAAGAAUUGUUCAUUCGCUGGCUCCAAGCCUCCACUUUCAUGCCGUCCCUCCAAUUUUCACGAGUUCCAUGGGAUUUCAGUAAUCCAGAGGUGGAUGCCAUUUCAAAGAAGUUUGUCGAGCUCCACGCAAAUUACACGCCUGUGUUCAUGCAGCUGGCGCAACAGUACUUGGCCGGUGGAGCAGUUUCGAUUAACAAUCCAAUUUGGAUGGCUAGAUACUCGCCCCUGUCUGACGAACAAGCUUUCCUGAUCGACGACGAAUAUCUAUUGGGUGACGAAAUUUUGGUGGCGCCCGUGAUGGACGAAGGCGCAAUUCAAAGGGACAUUUACCUUCCCAGUGGAUUGUGGCAGGAUUUGAACACGGGCCAGUUAUAUCAGGGACAGAGUUGGUUGUACAACUACCCUGCUCCCUUGGACACUUUGCCGCACUUCAAAUUAACAGCAGUAUCCGAUGGUAAUGUCAACACGCCGGUCCAAAAACAUAUAUUUUUCUCACUGGUUCUCCUUGUGGCGAUGAUAAUUUAAUUAAAAUAAAAAGCAUUGUUAUAUUUUAAAUCUUGCA